AUGUUGUCAGGAAUACAGACCGGGAGCACAAGGCUCUCGCCUCUUAUUCUAUGGCCUCUGGUAGCAAUUUCAAUGGUCGUCAUUGGCCUCCUCCUUCAAAUCAUCUACAAUGUAGCAUUCCACCCUCUCUGCAAGUACCCAGGCCCCAAGCUAUGGGCCGCCACUCGCAUCCCCUACGCCUUGGUGGGCGCCCGCGGCCAAACGCACAAGGAAAUCCUCGCCCUUCACCAAUACUACGACGCCGAAAUCAUCCGCGUCUCGCCUAAUGAGCUCUCCUUCCAGCACCCGGACGCCAUGAAGGAGAUCAUGGGUCACCGCAAGGGCAAGGCCGAGGAGAACGCCAAAGACCCGGACUUUAUCGACAAGAACCACAUGGAUAUCCUCUCGGCCAACCGUGAGGACCACUCCCGCUACCGCCGCAUCCUGUCCAACGGCUUCUCCGCCAAGAGCAUGCAGGAGCAGCAGCCCAUCAUCAAGAGCUACAUUGACCUUCUCAUCGAGCAGCUCCACGGCAUCUGCAGCAAGGGCCCUGUUGACGUCGUUGCGUGGUACAACUACACCACCUUUGACAUUAUUGGCGACCUCGCUUUUGGACAGUCCUUUGGGUGCCUCGACAAGUCUGACUACCACCCCUGGGUCAAGGUGAUCUUCCAGAACAUCAAAAUGAUUUGCAUAGUCAACAUUACCAGAAGCUUCAAGGUCCUUGAACCUGUCCUCAAAGCCUUCAUCCCCAAGGAAGUCAUGAAGAAGGGCAUGUCUCACAGGCUGUUCGUUCGUGAAAAGGUUGAUCAGAGAAUAUCUCUCGGCACGCCGCGACCUGACUUUGCGGAAACCAUGCUCAAGAAGGGAGCUCAGCCAAUGAACCUGCCGGAAAUGUACGAAAACGCAAACGUCCUCAUCGUCGCCGGAUCCGAGACAACUGCGACAGCCCUCUCAGGCUGCACCUACCUCCUCCUGACCAACCCGGACAAGCUGGCCAAACUCCAGAAAGAGAUCAGGACCUCGUUCCAGAACGAGGAUGAGAUUGAUCUCCUCAGCACCGCCAAGCUCGAGUACCUCCACGCCGUCCUCGAAGAGACCCUGCGAUCGUACCCUCCCGUCCCCGUCGCUCUGCCGCGUAUCACGCCGCCUGCCGGACAAGAGAUUCUCGGGCAAUGGAUCCCUGGAAACACCACAAUCGGCGUCGCCCACUGGGCCCUCUACCACAACGACAAGAUCUUCUCCAAGCCCUUCGAGUUCCACCCGGAGCGCUGGCUCGGCGACCCGGCCUUCGCCGACGACCACCUCGAAGCCCUCAAGCCCUUCCACACCGGGCCCCGUAACUGCCUGGGCAUGAACCUCGCCUACGCCGAGAUGACGAUGAUCCUCGCCAAGGUUAUCUGGAACUUUGAUCUGCAGCUGGCCGCGCAGAGUCAGGGCUGGAUCGACCACGACGUCUACAUCUUCUACAACAAGCCGCCAUUGAUGGUGCACCUUACGCCGGCGGUUAAGGCUUCGGAGUAA